GGGGGGGGAGGGACCUGGUCGCCGGUCACGUGAGGUGGGACGUUGCGUCGCCGUGAAGGCCGGACACAGGAAGGAGUGAGGCCGGGAGCUCAGGGUUUAAGAGCCGUUGCUGUGGACGGAGAUACGGGGACGUGAGCGGCCAUUGAGGGCGGCCAGGGUGCCAGUGACCCCCCCCCCCCCCCAUCUGCUCAGUGUGUGGUCUGAGCUUCGAGGGGCUGAGCUUCGAUGGAGGACCACAUGGCGGGGAACAACAAGAAGAAGCGUUAUGAGUGCGACGUGUGUGGCAAGUCCUGGCAGAAGCCGAGCCUGCUGGAGUCCCACCGGCGGGUGCACACGGGCGAGAAGCCCUAUAGCUGCUCCACCUGCGGCAAGAGCUUUGCCCAGUCAUCAGGGCUGCGGGUGCACCGGCGGGUGCACAGCAGUGAGCGUCCCUUCCCCUGCUCCGAUUGUGGCAAAUGCUUCAAGUCCUCGUCGGACCUGAAAGUGCACAGGCGCCUGCACACCGGGGAGCGGCCCUACACGUGCAGCGACUGCGGCAAGGGCUUCACCUGCUCCAACAGCCUACUGGAGCACCGGCACACCCACACCGGCGAGCGCCCCUUCACCUGCGCCCAAUGUGGCAAGAGCUACAUCCGCUCCUCCAGGCUGCUGCAGCACCAGCAGGUGCACACCGGCGACCGGCCCUUUGGCUGCUCCACCUGCGGCAAGAGAUUUUUCAAUUUGAGGAGGCUGGGGCAGCACCAAUGGGUACACAGCGGAGAGCUGCCCUUCAGCUGUUCCGACUGUGCCAAGGACUUCAAGACGGCGCAAGAGCUGAAGAUCCACCGGCGGGUGCACACGGGCGAGAAGCCCUAUGGCUGCUCCACCUGUGGCAAGAGCUUUGCCCAGUUAUCAGGGCUGCGGGAGCACCAGCGGGUGCACAGCAGUGAUCGGCCCUUCACCUGCUCCGACUGUGGCAAAAGCUUCAAGUCAUCGACGGAACUGAAGGCGCACAGGCGCCUGCACACCGAGGAACGGCCCUACACCUGUAGCGACUGCGGCAAGGGCUUCACCCGCUCCACUUAUCUGCUGACCCACCAGCAGGUACACUCCGGCGAGAGGCCCUUUGGCUGCUCCGACUGCGACAAGGAUUUCAAGGGGCUGCAAGAGCUGAAGAUCCACCGGCGGGUGCACACGGGCGAGAAGCCGUAUUGCUGCUCCACCUGUGGCAAGAGCUUUGCCCGGUUCACGGGGCUAUGGGAGCACCGGCGGGUGCACAGCAGUGAGCGGCCCUUCACCUGCUCCGACUGCGGCAAAAGCUUCAAGUCGUCCACGCACCUGAAGGUGCACAUGCGCCUGCACAGCGGGGAGCGGCCCUACACCUGCAGCAACUGCGGCAAGGGCUUCACCCGCUCUAACAGCCUGCUGGAGCACCAGCGCACCCACACUGGGGAGCGCCCCUACACCUGCGCCCAGUGCGGCAAGGGCUUCACCCGCUCCUCCAGCCUUAUGAACCACCAGCGGGUGCACGCCGGCGACCGUCCCUUCCCCAGCCCAGUGUGUGGAUAGCGCUUUGCCAUAGUGUCACACGCCCUGUCUGACCAGCGCGUGCACACCAGAUGCCAGCCCUACGACUGCCCAUACUGCAUUGCGACGUAUGACAGUUCGCAGGGGUUGCUGCUGCACCAACGAGCCCUCGCCGGCGAGCCGCUGCUUCCACUGCGGCAAGCGUUUCAAGAGUGCACGAGUCUGCGAGAGCACCAGCAGAUACACACCGAAGAGAGACCCUUUGUGUGUGCUGAGUGUGGCAUGGGUUUCACCCGCUUGUCCAGCCUGUGGCAACACUGGCGUACCCACAGCGGUGAGUGUCCCUUCCCUUCAUGUCGCCCAUUCCUUCUCUCCACAGAUGCUGCCUGUCCCGCUGAGUUACUCCAGCAUUUUUGCACCUGCUGUUCCUUGUUUUUAACCCAUUCUGGGUAACUAUCUCUGCACCUUCCCCAAAGCCUCCACAUGUCCUGUAAUGGAGUGCCUAGAACUGUAUGCAGUACUUCAAAUGCUACCUGACCAAUGUCUCUUAAAGCUGCACAUUUACAUUUCCCCAUCACCUUGAACCCAUGUCCUCUGGUCCUCGAUUUUCCCCAUUCUGGGCAAGAGAUUCUGUGCAUCUAACUAAAUUGUGUUUGAUGCAAGUAUCCAGCAUCUGCAGUUUCUUGUGUCUCCACCUAUCAUUUCAGAAGGGUCUCAACCUGAAACAUUACUCAUUCCUUCUCUCCAUAGAUGCUGCCUGUCACGCUGAGUUACUCCAGCAUUUUGUGUCCACGACUUGUGUCCAUGACAAAGACUUGCCAGGCUUUGUCCAGCCCCCAUCUCUCUUUUCCAGCUUCCUAACCCCACCCUCUCCAAUCAGUCUGAAGAAGGGUCCUGAUUCAAAACGUCAUUUUAUGGCGGCACCUGGUGGCAACCCAUGGGCACAUCGAACCAUCGGCUCUAGAGGGCGGCAUCUUGGUGUGGGAGGCACUAGUCAUGGGGUCGGUACCUGAGUUGGUAUUUAAGGCCGGGCAACGCCCGUGUCCGGGGAGGAGCAGGGAGUUGUAGUGGAGAGAAUAAACAUGUCUUGUGCACACAA